GUAGAACUGGACUGGAGCCUUCUCUCGCUCGCUCACCACAGAAACUCUUCGCAAAGAGACAACAAGCAAACGCAAGCAGGCUGAGCUCGAACCGAAAAGCAAGACUAAUUAACAGAAGAGAAAAGUCCUCCGUAGUCCAGGAGGAUACAGAUGGCGGCCUCUUCUUCUUCAUCAUCGUCAUUCCUAACUUCCACCUUCUUCCCUCGCUCACCAACCACUUCCUUCCUCCUCCAACCGCGCUCCCUUCCCUCCCUUCUCCCUCUUUCCAAAUCCGUUUCUCUCCGUGACGGCCGGACGAGCGCCACCGCUCCUCCUCGCGCCGUCCUCUCUUUCCUCCGCAGGACUUCGAUCAGCUCUCUUCCUUCUCCCUCCGCAGUCUUUCCUUCCCGGAAAUGCUCCGACGACUUGACAGACUCGUCGUCUUCGGCUGCUUCUGUUGUCGAUGUAAUUCUUGUAGUGUGCGCCUCCGUCGCGCUGUCGUUGUCUCUGUUCCUGGCCGAUGUCGACUCCGCCGCUGCGUUCGUCGUCACCACUCCCCGGAAGUUGCAGGCGGAUGAGCUCGCUACUGUUCGCCUCUUCCAGGAGAACACUCCUUCCGUUGUCUACAUCACCAAUUUGGCUGUCAAGCAAGAUGCUUUUACUCUGGACGUGCUGGAGGUGCCGCAGGGAUCAGGAUCGGGGUUCGUUUGGGACAAAAAUGGUCACAUUGUCACCAAUUAUCACGUCAUUCGCGGCGCUUCCGAUCUCAAAGUGACUCUAGCUGAUCAGACAUCUUAUGAUGCAAAGGUCGUUGGAUUUGACCAAGAUAAGGAUGUUGCGGUGUUGAGUGUCGAAGCGCCGCUAGACAAAUUGAGACCCAUUCCUGUUGGUGUUUCUGCUGACUUGCUUGUUGGUCAGAAGGUCUAUGCUAUUGGUAACCCUUUUGGGCUUGACCAUACUCUGACCACCGGUGUCAUCAGUGGACUCCGUAGAGAAAUAAGCUCUGCUGCUACAGGCCGUCCAAUUCAGGAUGUUAUCCAGACGGAUGCAGCAAUUAAUCCAGGGAAUAGUGGAGGCCCACUUCUCGAUAGUGCAGGAAACUUGAUUGGGAUAAACACAGCCAUCUAUUCACCAUCUGGCGCAUCCUCUGGUGUCGGGUUUUCAAUUCCAGUCGACACUGUGAAUGGCAUAGUUGAUCAGAUAGUGAAGUUCGGCAAAGUCACCAGACCGAUAUUAGGAAUUAAGUUUGCGCCUGAUCAAUCAGUGGAACAGUUGGGCGUAAGUGGGGUGCUUGUCUUAGAUGCUCCUGCAAGUGGCCCAGCAGGCAAAGCUGGCCUGCUACCAACUAAACGUGAUGCAUACGGUAGACUCAUAUUGGGCGACAUCAUAACAUCCCUGAACGGGAAGAAGGUCGCGAAUGGAAGUGAUUUGUACAGAAUUCUUGAUCAAUGUAAAGUGGGCGAGACGGUGACGAUAGAGGUGCUCCGUGGGGAUCACAAGGAGAAGAUACCCGUAAUUCUUGAACCAAAGCCGGACGAGUCGUAGAUGGGAUUUGGCUGAAAGUGGUCAGUUCUUCAGCUCUCUGGUUGUUUAGGCUAUAGACAGCCCUUCUGCCAUGCAAUGCAAUUGUUUCACUGAAUUUGAGCUGGAGGGGCUUUGUUGUUGUACAUAUUCUGUAUCCGUCACUGGCUUAACUAUCAAUAUCUGCCUACAAUUAUGAAUUAUCACAGUGAUGUUAACUCACUACAGUCUCGACUCUCGAGCUUGCCCUUUCAGAAAUUCCGUAAGUGGGAUUUGGAAUGCUUGCUCGUGACUUGUGAUAUCGUCGUGAGAAUACUGUUCAUUUCGGUCAUGAAUACUCCAAGCUGGGCUUUAUCUGUGUUCGUGAUUGGGCUUUGGAUUCGAGAUGCGUACAGUGAAAGUUCCCUUGCUAUCAGAACCGGACUGAAUCGGACCGGCCAGAUACGUAAAACCACCAACCAAAUGCGAAAUCGGUUCCAGCUUCUAUUUAAAUGGCCAUAAGAUCAACACCAUGUGUCCAUGUCCUCUCCAUAGAGCGAUGUGGCUUCAUCGUUAAAAUUUUAAUUGGGGUGUGCAAUAUUAUGGCGCAUCUUCUUAUAUGGAUGGGAUUUCAAAGAUUAUGAAUAGCUAUGCCAUUUAUUUUUCUCAUUUUGUAAUUAGGACCAAUUGUACUAUCUAAAUUUUCAAGAAUGUAGAAAUAUCUAUAGAAAUGUUUUGAAUAGGUUGUUUGGAUAUUAUUGAGAAAUGUCAUUUUGGUCAACGAAAUUUUCAAUAUGGGUUUCCUUCUCUAUUGACAAUUGGGCAUGAGAUUUGAGAUGCUUUCAAUGGUUAGAGUUGUUGAAUCUGGUUGCCGUGUGCCUUGAUCAUUCUAUGAUUGCGAUAUUUGCUGAUUUUAGCUUCUAAAAAGCACAGGUCACCAAUAUGGAUGACAAUUACCCACUUAAUCCAUUUUUUUACAAGUAGAGGUCAACUAUGCAUGGAUUUGGGUAAUCUUUGUGUAGGGCAAGAUAAAUUAUGAGUCUUUAC